GAAGCUUCUUCCCAAAUAUCUCUCUCUCACAAUCAAACCACACCACCACCAAUCGCAGACCCCACAAAUCUCUCCUUAAACCCCUCUCUCUCUCUCUCUCUCUCUCUCACUACAUCUCUAUUUCUCCCUCUACGUUUCUCAACGACAAUGCCAGCUUCUUCCUCAGAGACUCGUACGAGGUGGAGGAAGAAGCGAAAGAGAGAGCCCCAAAUCGGCCGACGAUCCAAGCCCCAAGACGACGACAUCGACGACGAUGAAGAAGACGAUGACGAACUCGAACAACAACAACAACCCGAAUUCGACGAAGACCAACAAAAUCCCCAAUCGGGUCCCGAUCCACCUCCAAUAUCCCGCGAGAGCGAGGUCUUAUCGGACGGCGGUGUUCGAAUCUCCGACUUCCCACCGGUGAUCAAGCACACAGUCAAUCGGCCCCACUCUUCGGUGCUCGCAAUUGUAGCCCUAGAGAGGGCGAUUCAGUGCGGCGAGGGUAAGAACCUUCAGAACGGCGUCGUAUUGGAGAACAUAUCACAUGGGCAGCUCCAGGCACUGUCUGCCGUGCCGGCGGCCGGUGAUCAGGAGAGGGCGGAUGGGUCUUCUUCCACCCCAGCGUAUGUUAUCACACCUCCUCCCAUUAUGGAAGGUCGUGGGGUUGUGAAGCGUUUUGGUGGUAAUCGAGUUCAUGUUGUGCCAAUGCACGCAGGUGCCCAUUUUCGCUCUCCAUUGCUCUCUGUUCCUAUCUCGCUUUUUUCAUGCCCUAACAUGUUCUGCUUAGACUGGUUCUCGCCUAGUACAGUGCAUAGAUUGGAGAGACAAGUAGUACCGCAUUUUUUCUCUGGGAAGUCAGCUGACCAUAUGCCUGAAAAAUACAUGGAAUGUCGGAAUUCGAUUGUUGCCAAGUAUAUGGAAAACCCAGAGACGAGAUUAUCUGUUGAUGAUUGCCAAGGACUGGUUGCUGGUGUUGAUAUUGAUGAUUUAACUCGAAUUUUUAGGUUUCUUGAUAACUGGGGAAUCAUUAACUACUGUGCGGCUUCUCCCAGACAUGAUCACCGGAUUGAUGGCUCGUAUCUGGGGGAGGAUUCAACUGGUGAGGUUCAGGUGCCAUCUGCUGCUUUGAAGUCCAUCAAUAGCUUAAUUCAGUUUGACAAGCCUAAAUGCAGUCUCAAGGCAGCAGAUGUUUAUCCAUCAUUGUCAUGUCAUGAUGUUGAGGAGUCUGAUUUAGACAGCAGAAUCCGAGAGCGAUUAUCAGAAAACCGAUGCAAUUGUUGUUCCCGGAGCCUACCCUUUGUCUACUAUCAGUCGCAGAAGGAGGUUGAUGUACUGCUAUGCUUGGAUUGCUUCCAUGAUGGAAGAUUUGUUAUUGGUCAUUCAAGCAUAGACUUUUUAAGGGUUGAUGCUACAAAAGAGUAUGAUGAUCUGGAUGGGGAAAGUUGGACUAAUCAGGAAACACUACUACUGCUUGAAGCAAUGGAAAUCUACAAUGAAAACUGGAAUGAAAUAGCUGAACAUGUCGGUACCAAGUCAAAAGCACAGUGCAUCCUUCAUUUUAUUCGUCUUCCAAUGGAGGAUGGCCCACUGGAAAACAUCGCAGUUCCAAGCGUGUCCCUCUCCUCAAAUUUGUCAAACAGAGAUGAUUUUGGAAGACCACAUUCAAGUUCAAAUGGAGAUUCAGCAGGAUCCUGUCUUGAAGACCCUGAUUCUGGGCAUAGGCUUCCUUUUGCAAAUUUUGCUAAUCCAGUUAUGGCCUUGGUUGCAUUUCUGGCCUCUGCUGUGGGCCCUAGAAUUGCUGCGGCAUGUGCCCAUGUGUCCUUGGCAGUACUAUCUGAGGAUUCGCAAACAGCAUCUGGGCAUGGUAAUAGGAUGAAUAUGGAGAGUACGCGCAAUAGUGAAGGCAGUUCUCAUGGAGAAAAUACAAACUCAAGUCAACAAAAAGAAGAUAACUUGGAAGUACAUGGUCAAUGGAAUCAGAAUGGUGAGGCUGCUCCAUUAACUGCUGAAAAGGUGAGAUCUGCUGCCAAAGCUGGUCUUGCUGCUGCUGCAACAAAAGCAAAACUGUUUGCAGAUCAUGAAGAGCGUGAAAUUCAAAGGCUAUCUGCUAAUAUUAUAAAUCAUCAGUUGAAGAGAUUAGAGCUCAAGCUGAAGCAAUUUGCAGAGGUGGAAACCAUGUUAAUGAAAGAAUGUGAACAAGUGGAAAGGGCGAGGCAGAGGAUUGCUGCUGAGCGGACCCGCAUGACAUCGGCUCAGUUUGGACCUGCUGCAGUGACUUCAUCUACAAGCCUACCAGGCAUCGUCAAUCCUUCCAUGGUUAAUAACACUGCCAAUAACAGACAACCUGUCAUCGCAGGUACGUCCUCACAACCAUUUAUUUCUGGGUAUGGGAAUAACCAACCCAUCCAUCCCCAAUUCAUGGCUCGACAGCAAAUGUAUGGACUUGGGCCACGACUGCCACUCUCGGCUUUACACCCAUCCUCAUCAGCGGCUCCUAAUGCUAUGUUCAAUGCUGCAACAAAUGCUCAGCCCACUCUCAAUCAUUCGAUGCUGAGGCCUGUAUCGGGGACUAGCUCUGGUUUAGGUUGAAAAUUAGGUAAAAGCAAUUCAGUAUUGGAUGUCUCUGGUUUUAUUAAGUCUUCUCUCUCCUUUUCCAUGUUAAAGAAGGGAGUAAGAUGGGGUGAUACGGAAAUAGCCGUGAACUAGUCUGUGUCACAUUCUCAAGUUUUAAUUUGGAAGGAGUCACUUGGAGCGGUAGGGAUUGGAUCUAUUGCGAAACGAACCAAUUUUUCAGAGGCACAGUUAAUUGGUUGGUUCAUGUAGCACUUAAUUGUUAUUUGUAUUUUUAUUGUUAGUCUUCACAUUCAAUUGUAAAGAUGAAGAAAUUGAUCAGGAUGCUAAUUUUUUUUUUUUUGUGGGUAGGUAAGAUGCUAAAAUUAUUGCUAGGUGUUGUACAGAUAAUGCAAGGAAUUAGGGCAAUUAAGGCUGAUUUGAUGAUUUUAGUGUUCAGUUUACUUCAUAAUAUAGAAGUUCUCUCUCCAAAAA